AUGACGAUAAGUUUGAAAACCCAAUUUCCCCUUACCCUUCCGGUCAUCGACUUCUCGAGUCGUGACCUCAAACCGGAAACACUCGAGUGGGACUCGGUGAGAGCCCGAGUCCGAAAAGCCCUAGAAGAAUACGGAUGUUUCGAGGCCUUGUUCGAUGGAGCUUCAGUGGAGCUACGGAAGGCACUGUUCGAGGCUUCCGAGGAAGCUUUUGAUUUACCAUUGGAGACCAAACAAAGUACAAAGUCUGACAAACUCUACAAAGGAUACGUCGGUCAGGUUCCAACUAUACCUUUAUACGAAGGUAUGGGCUUUGACGGUGCGGAUAAUCCUGAAGUUGUCGAUGACAUGACUCACAAGCUUUGGCCUCAAGGCAACGUCACCUUCAGCAAGAAUGUUCAGUCAUUCGCGGAGAAGUUAAUAGAAUUGGACGUGAAAGUAAGGACGAUGAUCAUGGAGAGUUUCGGGCUCGAGAAAUACAUCGAUGAGCAUCUUAACUCAGCGAAAAACCACUUUCGUUUCUUUAAAUAUAGAGGACUUGACGAAAACACCGAGGAGAAGCUAGGCCUUGACCCUCAUAUUGAUAGACAUUUUCUCACCAUACUUUGCCAAAAUGACGUAGUAGAUGGCUUGGAGAUCAAAGCCAAAGAUGGUGAAGAGUGGAUCAAAGCUAAGCCAUCUCAAGAUUCUUCUUUCCUUGUCAUAGCCGGAGCUUCUCUUCAUGUACUAUUGAAUGGUGGGGUGUUUCCUCCGCUUCACCGUGUGAUUAUAACCGGAAAGAAAGAUAGGCACGCGGCUGGACUAUUCUUGCUUCCUAAAGAAGGGCUGAUCAUAAAUGCACCAGAGGAGAUGGUCGAUGAUGAACAUCCUCGUCUCUAUAAGCCUUUUGAUUUUGAGGCUUACUUUAAGUUCACCUACACAGACACCAAGAAGAGAGAUCUAUCUGCUCUCAAGACCUACUGUUCCCUUUAA